AUGUGCAUCUCAUAAUAUACACGAAAACGACACACUCCCAUUAUAUUGUCUGUUCAACCUUUUCUUCUCUCGCACUGUCACCGCACAGUCUAUUUUUCUUUUUAAUCGUAUCAAUGGCAGCAAAAGGACCGGAAACUACUACCGGCGGUUACACUACCACCCAUUCCUUUGAUCCCAACUCUGGUUUUUGUAGGGAAACCAGAACCUUUCACAGCCUGAGACAGUUUACCCCUCUACCACCACCGAAUGAACCUCUUUCCAUUACCCAAUACGCUUUCUCUCUUCUUCAAUCUUUCACCACCAAACCAACCAUCGAUACUUUCCUCGUCAACUCUAAUACAGGCGUUUCUCUUACCUACGCUCAACUUCUCAGCCAGACCCACUUUCUCUCCCUCUCUCUCCAAACUCAAUUCUCUCUCUCUACGAACGACGUCGCUUUUAUCCUCUGUCCGCCUUCUGUCCACGUCCCGGUUCUCUACUUCUCUCUCCUUUCUCUCGGUGUCACUAUCUCUCCCGCCAAUCCACUCGCUUCCAACUCUGAGAUUACUCACCAAAUCCAACUCUGUAAACCCAAAAUUGCAUUCGCUACAUCCCAAACAGCACAUAAACUCCCUUCUCUUCCCUUCGGAACCAUCCUCAUCGACUCGCCUGAGUUCAUCUUGCUGUUGACCCUAUCAAAUGCCACCACCCAUGACCGAGUCAACCGACUUGAGGUCAAACAGUCUGACACCGCUGCAAUUCUCUACUCCUCAGGAACAACCGGGAGAGUAAAAGGUGUAUCUUUGACACACCGGAACCUGAUCGUUUUAAUCGCUGGGUUUUAUUAUAACAGUCGGGCAGCAGACCCGAAUGAACCUGAACCUCACCCAGUAUCGCUCUUUACGCUGCCAAUGUUUCACGUUUUUGGAUUCUUUAUGUUAAUAAGAGCUGCUGCGAAGGGGGAGAUGGUGGUCUUGAUGGAAAGGUUUGAUUUUGAAGGAAUGUUGAGAGCCGUGGAGAAGUACAAGGUCAGUUACAUGCCGGUUUCACCGCCGCUGAUUGUGGCGUUUGUGAAAUCGGAAUUGACCAAAAAGUAUGAUUUGAGCUCGUUGUUGUUGCUGGGAUGCGGCGGUGCACCUCUGGGGAAGGAUAUUGCCGAUAGAUUUAAGGAAAAAUUCCCACAGGUGGAUAUUAUCCAGGGGUACGGGUUGACUGAGACUGGAGGUGGGGCGGCAAGGAUGAUAGGACCUGAAGAAUCCAAGAAGCAUGGUUCUGUCGGUCUCCUAGCCGAAAAUAUGGAAGCAAAGAUUGUUGAUCCUGAAACUGGAGAGGCCUUGCCUCCUGGCCAAAGAGGGGAGCUGUGGUUGCGGGGGCCAACUGUCAUGAAAGGUUAUGUAGGAGAUGAGAAGGCAACUGCUGAAACCUUGGAUUCGGAGGGUUGGUUAAAGACUGGGGAUCUUUGUUAUUUUGACUCUCAGGGUUUCCUCUAUGUUGUUGAUAGGUUAAAGGAACUGAUAAAAUACAAAGCAUAUCAGGUGCCUCCAGCUGAAUUGGAACAACUGUUACAAUCCAAUCCUGAAAUUGCUGAUGCCGCUGUGGUUCCGUACCCUGAUGAAGAGGCAGGACAAAUUCCCAUGGCCUAUGUUGUGAGAAAACCUGGAAGCAGUAUCACUGAGGCUCAAGUUAUGGAUUUCAUUGCAAAAAAGGUUGCACCGUACAAGAAGAUAAGGCGAGUAGGUUUUAUCAACUCUAUUCCAAAAUCUCCUGGAGGGAAGAUCCUCAGGCGGGAGUUGGUCAGUCAUGCACUCUCUGGGGCUUCAUCCAAAUUAUGAUCCAUUUGGUUCAAACAGUAUCUGAAUAUGGAGCAAGCCUUAACAGAGAUAUUCAUGUAAAAGUAUUGUUGUGGCUAUGUGAGCUGUGAUGUGUGUGAUAGCUGAGUCAAUAAUACUCAAAGAGCGCAGUUGGUGAAUUGGAGAUUGGUUGCAGCUGCCACUAAUUGUAUAACAGAGGGUGGCGGGAAAAUGUAAUUCUUGUAUAAAGCUUGAGAUUGUAAUGAGUCCAUCAAACAAUCAUUAACACAAGAAAUACCUUCUCUGUA